AGUAGCUGGGAGUAUAAUAUAUAUGUGUAUUUCUUUUGAAUAAUGACACUACAUUUACAAUUUUUUUGAGUUAUUUCAAACUUGCAUUGGUGUUGUACUUUAGUGGUGGCUUUUAUACAAGAAAGUUGCAAGAAUUUGUCUUAUGAAACUGCAACAAACACUGCUAUAUCGUCUGAUCUUGAGCAGAGUAUAAGUUUAAUGGAAGAUAUGAUCUGGUUCUGUUUAUUAAGACUAUCCGGAAACAGGGGCUAUAUGCUUAUCUGCGUAUUGGACCUUAUGUUUAUGCAAGUUGAAUUUCAGCUGAAUUUCUUGGAUUCAAGGAUUUCAAAGCAAGUCUUCAUUAAAAGUCCAGACGCUGCUCAAUAUCCAACUGUAUGUGAAGUUGUUCAACAUUUGGACCUGUAUUCUUCUAUGUGUUUGCUGAUCAGCUUGGUGUCUGCAUUGUUACUGAUCUCAAAGUUAGUCGAAAUGAUUUUGCUCUGCUGCUAUUCAUCGCCGAUUUGCUGAUAUGUUCUUUAUGUCUUCUCUCUAAAGGUACUUAUCCAACUGUGUCCUGCUAAAACAGAUUAAUACAAUUUUGUUUUAUUGCUUUUUAUUUUCAAUCUUUUUAAUAUUAUGGUGAGCUUAACUGUUUGGAUUUAGAAGGAUAGAAUAAUGGUCUAGUAAUGGUUUGUGGUAAAAUGCGCAAGAGUGUGCAUUAGAUAUCUGGAAUGUAGUCAAAUAGCUUCCAGCUCAAGGUCAAUUUCAUCUAAAGCUGUAUUGACACUCUACUAUAAACUAAAGCUUACCUUACUAUCUCUUCAUAUUUGCUCUACAUGUCUUAAAUCAGUUUAGGAAGCCAGAAAAUGGUAUACAUUCAUUAGACUUGCACUAACAGUAACUUAUCCUUUAAAGUUAUCAUUAAUAGCCUAAAGUUUGAAAAUCAUUCACCAUUUUAAUCCAAGUUUUUGCAGAAGCCUGUUUAGCUGGUACACUCCCUCCUGCACUCAGCACACUACUGUUGGAAAAGGAAAAAGUUGUCAGGCUGGGUGUCAGAAAUUUUAGGCUUAAAAUAAGACUCUCUUCUCUUCCCUUGUGGAGAUUUUAGGCUUACAAUUUAGUUGCAUAUUAAAAAUUUGACAUUUUCUUAUGGGGACCAUAUGUAUGUGGCAGAUGAUUGAUUGGGUUAGAGCUUGAAGCACCCUCUAUUAAUCUUAGAUAACACUGGUGUAUUGUCUGAUCUUGAGCAGAGGUACUUCAUUUGCUUGAUUUUUUCUUGCUGGCUAGGCUUUUAAUUUUAUAUACAAUGUGGAAUCUUUGUUGCAAUUUGCAAAUAACAUGUAUUUAUUCAGACUACGUUUGCAUUUUAGUUUAGAUUUUAGAUAAAUGUAGCUUUGUAUACGAGGCAACGAUAAUGCAGAAACAGCAAAAGGUUAGAGGAAGAAGAUGAUGACAAAAUAAGUUAAAGAUCCUUAUACUUUACUAUAAUUUUAAUGGAAGAUAUGAUCUGGUUCGGUGUAUUAAGACUAACCGUUGGGUUGUAUCUUGGCCAAAGAGGAAUUUAUGUUUUGCUUUUUCUUUGUCAAAAUCUGAAUGAAGCAGCUUAUAUUCACUUACAAAAAAAAUCAGAGAAAGAAAGAGGGGAGGAGGUCGGGAAAUACUUCAAGGAGAAGUUUCCUGAUAACAAAGCAGUCGCUGCUGUUGGGAAAGCAGGUGGCAAGAAGUGGAAAUCUCUCACUGGUGUGGAAAAAGCUCUAUAUGCUGAAAAGACUUUGAAGAGAAAGCUGAGUAUUAGAUCAAAGUAUAAUCAGAAAGAGCAUAUCAUAGUUGUUAAAUAAA